AAAGUCACGUAGGCCACCUAUCGAUGACCGAGUUCUCAGCGCGCGUGUUUAUAUUUUUACAAAAAUAUAACCUGGAAUAUUUCAGUGCAGCUUGAUAGCAACCUAAGGAGCAAUGGAAGACUUACUCCAAAACCCAGGCGUGGUCGUUGUACGAGCGAAGCCCGAAGGACAGAGAAAAACUUUCAAACCGAAUGUGCGAUCUCUGAAUAAAAUUCCUGACGAGUUACUAAAUGAUCCUUUACUAAAUAGAGCCUGUGAAGCGUUGCCUCAGAACUACAACUUCGAAAUACAUAAGACAGUAUGGAGAAUAAGAUCGGUUGGUGCUAAAAGAGUAGCUCUUCAAUUGCCAGAAGGAUUAACGAUGUUCGCUACUACUUUGUGUGACAUCAUUGAGACAUUCACGGAAGCUGACACGUUAAUAAUGGGUGAUGUGACUUAUGGAGCAUGCUGCAUCGACGACUUCACCGCGGCCGCUCUCGGCGUCGACCUACUCGUGCACUACGGACACUCCUGCCUCAUACCCAUCGACCAAACCACUGAUGUGAAGGUUCUCUACAUAUUUGUCGACAUCAAGAUUGACCCGUCACACUUUAUAGACACAAUCAAACUAAACUUCCCUAAAAGAACACACCUAGCCAUAGUUAGCACAAUUCAGUUUGUCACUACUUUACAUGCCAUUGCUAAAACUCUUAGAUCUGAAGAAUACAUAGUGACAGUCCCACAAUGUAGACCACUGUCUCCGGGAGAAAUUCUAGGAUGCACUGCACCAAAAGUUGACUCAGAGUACAUAGUGUAUCUCGGUGAUGGUAGAUUUCACUUAGAAGCAAUUAUGAUAGCCAAUCCUAGCAUUCCAGCCUAUAAAUAUGAUCCUUAUGAGAAGAAAUUCACAUCAGAGCAAUAUGAACAUAACUUGAUGCAAGAAAACAGGCAAAACCAAGUGAGAGUAGCAGGAGAUGCUGGUAAUUUUGGCCUCAUACUAGGAACUCUUGGCCGACAAGGGAGUACAAAAGUUUUAAGUAAUCUAGAAAAGCAAAUUAGAAAUGUAGAUAAGAAAUAUGUGAAAAUCUUGUUAUCAGAGAUUUUUCCUAGUAAAUUAUCCUUGUUUAACCUUGAUGCGUUUGUCCAAGUGGCAUGUCCAAGAUUGUCCAUAGAUUGGGGGACAGCUUUCCCAAGGCCCUUGUUAACUCCAUAUGAGUUUUCAGUGUCACUAGGAAACAGUAAAUGGUUGAAGGAAGAUGGGACAUAUCCAAUGGAUUUCUAUUCUAAUGCUAGCUUAGGGCCGUGGACUCCGAACUACAAGCCGGUGUUAUGUUCUGAAGGAGACAAGAUAUGUGAUAACUGCUGUGGGGGGAAAGGGAAAGAGAUGAAGGAAAAAUAGUUCUUUUACAGUUAGUACUUACAGCAGCUUGUGUUCCUGGAGUGACUCUGGCUACUUCUCGGGCUUGGGAGAACACUUUGGAGUCCAAGAACUUGGAAGGGAAGGUUUCUGCAAAGUUCUGGAUGGGGACAUUCCUAGUGUCAC